AUGCAGCCGUUAAAAUGUGCAUUGAAAACAAGUCAGACUCUGAGGCAGAGUCCAUUGUCCUCAGUAAUCAGGCAGAUCCUCAGGACCUACAGAACAACAAGUCAUCUCAAUGCAAAAGUAUACCCAGAGUUAGAAAAACAGCAAGAUGAUAGACUCCAGAGAGAUUUCAGCUCUAGACUGGCUUCAGGACCAACAUUUCAGCACUUUCUAAGAAAUGCCUCAGUUCCUCAAGAGAAGUCUGAUUCCUCUGCAGCAGUGGAGGAUCCACCACCCUAUCUUACUCCAGAAGCCCUUUUAGGAAAAGGAAGAAAAGUCUACCUAGAGACUUAUGGUUGCCAAAUGAAUGUUAAUGAUACAGAGAUUGCUUGGGCCAUUCUGCAGAAGAGUGGCUACUUGAGAACAAACAGCCUCCAUGAGGCUGACGUGAUUCUUCUUGUCACAUGUUCAAUAAGGGAGAAGGCUGAACAGGCUAUUUGGAAUCGUUUAAAACGACUUAAAUCUGUAAAGGCCAGACGUCUCAGAUCACAAGUUCCUCUUCGAAUUGGGAUUCUAGGAUGUAUGGCAGAAAGGUUGAGGGAGGAGAUCCUGCACAGGGAAAAGUUGGUGGACAUUGUAGCUGGACCAGAUGCUUACCGGGAUCUUCCUCGGCUGCUGUCUUUGGCUGAUUCUGGCCAGCGAUCUGCUAAUGUUUUGCUUUCACUAGAGGAGACCUAUGCAGACAUCAUGCCAGUCCAGACAAGUUCAAACGCCACAUCAGCAUUUGUGUCAAUUAUGCGAGGUUGUGAUAACAUGUGUAGCUACUGCAUCGUUCCUUUCACGCGUGGCCGUGAAAGAAGUCGGCCAAUUGCUUCCAUUUUGGAAGAAGUGAAGAAACUUUCUCAGCAGGGCCUGAAAGAAGUAACACUCCUUGGUCAGAAUGUCAAUAGCUAUCGAGACAACUCAGAAAUCCAAUUCAAUAAUGCCAUGCCCACUCAUCUGAGUCGAGGAUUUAGUGAAAAUUACAAAACCAAAAAAGGAGGCCUUCGAUUUGCUGAUCUUUUGGAUCAGGUCUCCAGGGUUGAUCCUGAAAUGAGGAUCCGCUUCACUUCUCCCCACCCCAAGGACUUUCCUGAUGAGGUUCUACAAUUGAUCCAAGAGCGGAACAAUAUUUGUAAACAGAUCCACCUUCCAGCCCAGAGUGGAAGUAGCCGGGUCUUGGAACUCAUGAGAAGAGGAUAUACAAGGGAAGCUUAUUUGGACUUGAUUCACCAUAUUAGAGAAUCUGUUUCAGGAGUGAGCCUUAGUAGUGAUUUCAUUGCUGGAUUCUGUGGAGAAACAGAAGAUGAUCACCUCCAGACACUGUCCUUGCUUCAGGAAGUCCGAUACAAUGUGGGUUUCCUUUUUGCAUACAGCAUGAGACAGAAGACACGAGCAUAUCACAGACUUCAGGAUGAUGUUCCGGAGGAGGUGAAGCAGAGGCGUCUUGCGGAGCUAGUUGUUGCCUUCCGAGAAGGUGCCACAGAAGCCAACAUGGCUAUGGUUGGCCACACACAGCUUAUCCUUGUGGAGGGGCCCAGUAAGCGCUCUACCACUGAGUUAUGUGGAAGGAAUGAUGGAAACAUCAGAGUAAUCUUCCCUGACAUAGAAAUGGGAGAUGGAAUUGAUUGUAGGGGCUUAAUCCGAGCCCAGCCAGGAGAUUAUGUGUUAGUGAAGAUCACAUCUUCCAAUUCUCAGAGCCUGAAAGGAGUUGCUCUCUGCCGAACAUCUCUGCAGGAAUACUCUGCUCAUCGCUGACCUGAAUUGACAACCACAGAAUUCUUCUGGAUGCCCAUUUGUUAGUGAUGGCUGUGAAACGAUUCUUAUAUGGUCAUAGAUUGGACUAGAUACCUUCUGAGGUCCUUUCCAGCUCUGAAAUUCAGUGACAAAAUGGAACUGAGUAUGUUUUCUUAAAGAGAAAAGGGGAAGUGACAGGUUACUGAUGCAUUGAUAUUUUUUUGAUAGGAAAUUGUCUUCAUAUAGGCAAGUAAGUUCAUGACAAAUGGAAAAUGAAUCUUUGGGAUUCACUUGUUAGGUAUAAAUAUCUCUAUAAAUG